AUGAUUUAUAUUGGAGCGGAUACAUUUGUAUUCUUAUUAGUUUUUCUAGAAAUAAAGUUUCUCGAUGCACAAGUUGCCGACAAAGGCGGUAAUCAAGGGGACGAAAUAACUUCAGUUGAUUCGAGGUUUUUCGACCGUGGGGGCCGUGGCCAUCCAAACUUGCGAAAACCAGGAAGAAACGGCUACCCACCGAGUAAUUAUCCUGGGAAUUCCUUCUUCCCUAAUGGCAAUCAGAAUGGUAAUAUGCAACGUCCUCAACCAGAUUUCGGUUGGCGUCCCGAUGGUCAGUACUCAAACCCAGGCAGACCGUAUCAAGAACCAGUUCGUUAUCCAGAAAGAUAUCCGGCUAAUCGUCCCGACAAUUAUCCCGAUAGUUACCCAGACUACCAAGGUGAUACGCGAUAUCCAAGCUCAAACAAUGUCAGGCCUGAUGACUAUGAUAGAAAUUUUAGACCUGGUUUUAAUAAUAUGCAUGAGAAUCCAAAUUAUCAACGGCCGCCUUAUGAUAAUAUUCCUGCGGAUAGAACAGAGUAUCCAGGUUACACGGAUAGACCCUAUUCGAAUGGAGGUAGACCUUUCCACCAAGACGAUUAUACCAAACCGCCAGGUACACCCGAAGAUUCAAGGCGCCCAGCUAGAUAUCCUUUACAUAAUGGAAGAUAUCCUCCACAAGACAUUCAAGGCAAUCCAAAUCAGAGACCAGACGGUUCAAGUUCUGACUUCAGGCCUGACUACCCAGAUGACAUAUUAAAUUCCCAUAUACAAUUUCCCGGAAAUAAUAUACGACCUAAUCAAUAUGCCCCGAACAAUAAUCAUCAGAGUAACUACCCCGAUAAUUCUAAUGGAAAUCAGUUUCCUUAUCAGGGUGACAUAAAUCAGGAUCAAGGAAAUUAUAGACCUGGAGCGAAUGAAGUUUUUCAGGGCAAUUUUAAUGGUUUGCCUCCAACUAGACCUCAACUGCCAAACAAUCGUCCGAUCGAUUCAAUUAAUGGCCCAAAUACUAAUGACUCGGCAGACAUUCCGGGAAAACCGGUAUUUGUGCCAUCAUCGAACUCACCGAUAGGACAAGUAAUGUUUGAUGGCAGUACAGAGACGCCUUCCCAGAAGCAGUGCGAACAAACGUGCCCGACAACCUCCGAAUAUAAUCGUGUUUGUGGUACAAAUAGUGUAACGUACGGAAAUCCAGGCAGGUUUGACUGUGCUCGUAAUUGUGGAGUGGCUGUAAGUGUACUUCGAAAGGGAACAUGCCCAAAUGAUAUUUUACUUCAUUGA